AUGGAUCAAGUCAGUGGCAGUGACAUUGGCCGUGCUGACACUAGGCCACUGCAGCAUCAGCAGACACACAAUGUGGUUGGCCUGGCUGCAGAGUUUGAUCACGAGUUCAGGGAUUACCACAAUAUGAAGAAGGAACCAAGUGAGCGACACUUCCUGUUUGCUCUCACGAUCUUGAGUGCUCAGCACCAACUAGUUGAACAAACCCAGCAAUUAUUAAGGCAUAUAGCAUCUUUCGGUGGGUAUGGGACGAUGACUCUGACACAAGGUGUCACGCAAGGUGCAAGUGAAAAUUCUAGAAUGCCUUACGUACCAUACAACAUGGGUCCUUCAAUUGGUGCAAACUUGGUUUCACAGAGUACUAACAUGGGCACCUCCCAGUCAGGUACGUAUGCUCACAAUGAGCAUGUGAACACAUAUUUAUCUUUGGGGAUGAACCCUACACAUCACAGCUCGCGAGUGUCCAACAACAAUUAUGUAAUAAGAAUGGUAGACACAUCUGAAACCAAUAGAAUUUCGUCCAUGGUGUCGCCGCCACCCCCUGUAACUGUGGAGGAGGUCCCAAACGAACCGAAGUUCAUUUGCCCAGUCUGCUUACACGAAAUUGUGGACGCGUCAUCGACUAUAUGCGGCCACAUCUUCUGCAAGGAGUGCAUUAGGGCCUCCAUCAAGGCUCAGAAGAAGUGCCCUACCUGCAGGACGAAGCUGAACCUGAGAAACAUCCACCGGGUCCACCUUCCGACGAUGGACUGA